CCAACAGAAGCAGCAGCUGGAGAAGGAGACAGGCCUGAAGAUAGUGGAGGCCGGAGUUAGUGAUAGGGGCAGCCUGACCCAGAUCCCCAUGGUGAAGGAGACCAGGGUGGAGUCGGGCCAGUUCCUGCUGCUCUCCGUCCUCUGCAUGCUCUUCAUCCUGGUGGCGCUGGCAGUGUCCGCCACCUUCUUCUGCGUGCGCCAGCGCUCACACCUCCACAUGAAGGAGAAGCUGGCCAGCCUGGGGACUGACACCAGCACCGAUGCCACCGCAACCUAUCAGGAGCUGUGUCGCCAGCGAAUGGCGAUCCGGACAUCUGAGCGCGUCGAGCGGCCGGAGACCCUGCGCCACUCGCGGCUCAACAGCGUGUCAUCCCAGUUCAGCGACGGCCCCGCGGCUAGCCCUUCGACCCGCAGCAGCACCUCCUCCUGGUGCGAAGAGCCAGUGCCAUCCAACAUGGACAUCUCCACUGGUCACAUGAUACUGUCAUACAUGGAGGACCACUUGAAGAACAAGAACCGGCUGGAGCGUGAAUGGGAGGCCCUGUGCUCCUACCAGGCGGAGCCCAGCGCCUGCAGCGUGGGACAGGGGGAGCAGAACUCCAAGAGGAACCGCUCAGACGCCGUGGUCGUAUAUGAUCACUCCAGGAUCACCUUGAAAGCGGAGAACAACCACGGCAACUCAGAUUACAUCAAUGCCAGUCCAAUCAUGGACCAUGACCCUCGCAACCCUACUUAUAUCUCCUCGCAAGGCCCACUUCCUUCCACCGUGGCAGACUUCUGGCAGAUGGUGUGGGAGAGCGGCUGCGUUGUCAUCGUCAUGCUGACGCCACUGUCUGAAAAUGGAGUGAAACAGUGUCACCACUACUGGCCUGAUGAGGGAUCUGAUGUCUACCACAUAUACGAGGUCAACUUGGUGUCCGAGCACAUCUGGUGUGAGGACUUCCUGGUGCGGAGCUUCUACCUUAAAAAUCUGCAGACCAACGAGACACGCACCGUUACCCAAUUCCACUUCCUGUCCUGGAUGGACCGUGGGAUCGCCACCUCGGCCAGGACGCUGCUAGACUUCCGCAGAAAGGUUAACAAGUGCUACCGGGGUCGAUCUUGCCCAAUAAUUGUUCACUGCAGUGAUGGAGCUGGCAGGAGUGGGACUUACAUUCUGAUUGACAUGGUCCUCAAUAGGAUGGCUAAAGGUGCUAAAGAGAUUGAUAUUGCCGCUACCCUGGAGCACUUGAGAGACCAGAGAGCUGGCAUGGUCCAGACAAAGGAGCAGUUUGAGUUUGCGCUGACAGCCGUGGCAGAGGAGGUGAAUGCCAUCCUGAAGGCGCUUCCUCAGUGAAGGCAUCGUCGCCCCCCCACACACACUCACAUACACACACCUUUUUCUCCCUCGAUGAGCAACGGUUUCCUCUGCCCACUCAAGACUGACAUCUCUCCCUGCCCUUCCUUCUCCUCCUCGCUCUGUUUCUCUCUUCUCUGUCGCUGCCUCCUCUUCACCUCUAUAUAUACUGUAUACUUAUGAAUGUCGUGCCAGAUAUUGCACCUGGAUCCGUAUUUGCUAAAUCCGCCUCAGAGUACGGCUGUCAAUCUGAGAUCUGUGUCGAUUAUGUGAUCUGGGGCCGGCGGCGAUGUCUGAUCUAAUUUGAUGGAGGAACUUAGAUCAGCACUCCUACUGUGAGACUUUCCCCCGGUCCUGUAUAACUGUGAUGUUGUUCCUGAUCAGUGCCACUGACGACAUGUUUACGUGAUAUCAAUUUUUUGUUCCAAAAACUGAUUCUGAUGCAGAGAAAAUGACAUUUAAAACUGUCAUUUAUGAAAUGUAAAAAAAAAGUGUAUCUACAGUGUCCCGGAGGCCACGUGAAUGUCUGCAUUUUACCUUAAUUUGUCUAGUAUUUCAAAUAUUCAAUAUAUGACAAAGAAAAAACAAUAAUUGUCAUAUUUGAGAGGCUGGAAAGAAAUAAUAAACCAACUCAUCUUUGCAGCUCUCAACUGAAGUCGUUUUAGAAUAAUAAAGCUAAGUUAUCGCCUGUAAAAAUCACAUUACUGUACAGAAUGUUUCCCCCUCAAUGAAUUGAUGGCGUUUUUGGAAAUAAACUCACGUUUCUUCCUCCUCCUCUGUGAUCUGAAUCAACGACUGUAUACUCAGCAUCACAUGUAUAGAUGUUAAAGUGUAUGUGUAUUGUUGUAUUUCGGGUGCGGACAUCUCCGUCUCGUAUCUCUGACUCGUAGAAAAGCCUCACGGAUCACGAUCAUCGCAACAUAUCAUGUGUUUUGUUUUUUUCGUUGAUUUUACAGUUUAAUUGUUUGUUACAUGAACAUCUCAUGUUAGUAGUAAAUGUGAAAUUUACCAACUGAGAUAGUUAUCGCUUCUAUUUAGAAAUGUUGUCAUCCUAUAUUGAUAAAAAACAAUAUGAUAUUUAAGCA